AUGGAAAGGAAGCACAAAGGGAAUGGCCGGGCACUUGGAAGGCAAGUACUGCUUCUCUCUUUAUUGUCUUUCUGGAGCUCGGCUGCCUCAGAGCAGAUUCAGUAUUCCAUACUUGAAGAGAUGCCAAAGGGUUCUAUUGUGGGAAAUCUUGCCAAGGAUUUGGGACUGAAUGCUAGAGAACUUGCUAAACGCAAUCUGCAUGUUGUCUCUGUGACUAAAAUACAGUAUUUCAGUAUCAGUGCAGAGAAUGGAAACCUCUUUGUGAAUGACAGAAUAGACAGGGAGGGAAUUUGUGGCAAAAAUCAACAUUGCCUUGUAAAUUUUGAGAUGGUGAUAGAAAACCCUCUCAAUGUUUUCCAUAUAACUGUGGCAAUUCAGGACAUUAAUGAUCAUGCACCACAGUUCCUCAAUGGCAACAUCUACUUGGAGACAAGUGAAGUAACAUUGCCAGGCACCAGAUUUCUCAUUGGAAAAGCUGAAGAUCCUGACAUUGGGAUGAAUUCUCUGCAGAAUUAUCAGCUCAGCACCAAUCAGUACUUCAUUUUAGAGGUUAGAGAGAGACAAGAUGGAAAUAAAUAUGCAGAACUUGUGCUUAAGAAACCACUAGAUAGGGAAACAGAACAGAUUUUACAUUUGGCCCUAACAGCCCUGGAUGGGGGUGAACCUAGAAAAACUGGGACUGCCCAGAUAUGGAUUAAUGUUACUGAUGCCAAUGACAACCCACCCAUCUUCACUAAAGAGGUCUACAAGGUUAGUUUGCUGGAGAAUGUGCCUGUUGGAUCUCUUGUACUCCAAGUUGUAGCUUCUGAUAAUGAUGAAGGUACAAAUGCUCAGAUCACAUAUCAUUUCAACAAUGCACCAAUGAAUGCCCAUCAGAAAUUCAGGCUGGAUCCAGCCAACGGAACAAUCACUCUUAUUGAGUCAUUGGACUUUGAAGAAAUGGAAGAAUAUACUAUGACUGUAGCAGCAAAAGAUGGAGGUGGAUUAGUGACCCACUGCAAUGUUGAAAUCAGUGUUCUUGAUGAAAAUGAUAACUCUCCAGAAGUUAAUUUAGCCUCUGUAUUUAGCCCUAUUCCUGAAGAUUCUUUGCCUGGAACUUUGAUAGCUUUAAUUAACAUCAAUGACAAAGAUACAGGUGAUAAUGGAAAGGUUGUUUGCAGUUUGCAAAGCAGUUUGCCCUUCAAAGUUGUUCCAACAUCUAAUAAUUAUUACAAACUCCUAUUAGACAGUCUGCUAGACAGAGAAAGCAUUUCUGAAUAUAACAUUACAGUUACAGCCACAGACAAAGGGAACCCCCCUCUAUCAACACACAAAACCAUCUCAGUACAAAUCUCUGAUAUCAAUGACAAUUCCCCUUCUUUUGAGAAAUCUUCCUACACCAUCUAUGUGCCAGAAAACAAGCCUUCUGGUGCAUCCAUAUUCAGUGUGAAAGCCUUGGAUCCAGACAUGGACCAAAAUGCACGAAUCUCAUAUUCCAUCCUCCACAGCAACAUCAAGGAGCUCCCCAUCUCUUCAUACAUCUCCAUUAACUCUGAGACUGGAGCUCUCUAUGCCCAGAGGUCCUUUGACUAUGAACAGUUCAGAGAGUUCCAGCUUCAAGUGAGGGCCCAAGAUGGUGGUUCUCCCCCUCUCAGCAGCAAUGUCACAGUGAGGGUGUUCAUCAUGGAUCGGAAUGACAACACCCCACAGAUCUUGUCCCCUUCACAAGAAGCCAAGGGCUCAGCCUUGUUUGAGAUGGUACCUCGUUCUGCUGAGGCAGGAUAUCUGGUCACAAAGGUGGUGGCCGUGGAUGCUGAUUCUGGACACAACGCCUGGCUUUCCUACCAUGUCAUUCAAGCCUCUGAACCAGGAUUCUUCACUGUUGGUUCUCACACUGGUGAGAUCAGGACCGCAAGGGCCUUUGUGGAGAAAGAUGCUGCGAAACAGAAACUGGUCAUUUUGGUGAAGGAUAAUGGCCAGCCGUCUCUCUCAGCCACCGUGACAUUGAACUUGGUGUUUGCUGAGAACUUUCAGGAGGCCCUUCCAGAAAUGAAGAACCAGUCCAGCAGUCCUGACUAUCAGUCUGACCUGCAGUUCUACCUGGUGCUGGCCUUGGCUGUGAUGUCGUUCUUGUUCCUCUUGACAGUGAUCCUGGCCAUUCUGAUGAAGCUUCGAAGAUCAGGGAAUCCCAAAUUCCUGCAGUGCUUUGCUCCUGUUCCCCAUUCAAAGGGUGGAGCCAUCUUCCCACCAAACUUUGAAGAUGGGACUUUGCCUUAUUCCUACCAGCUGUGCCUGUCCUCAGAAUCCAGGAAGAAUGAAUUCACUUUUCUAACCCCCAAUGUUCAGAUUGCAGGCAGUGUUCUUGGCAAUAACAACUUGGGUGUUCCUUUGACAGGCAAUGAACAAAACGAUUUAAAUUUAGAGUCGGAGAAUACUGAAAAGGUAAGCUAUCUUAUCAGGAAUUAUUUCAGUGCGCGCUCUGUAGCCAGUUACCAUACCAUAAUUGUAACAGAAUUAUCUAUUGUUGAGCUGGUGUAUCUAUGUCUGAGUUUUCCAGUUCUUGCCGACUCCAUCUUUGGAAGUAAAUAG